AUGCAUAUCCGAUUAUUUAUCGGUCUUCUCAUUGCGGGCUCAUGUGCCGUAGCUGUUGGGCCAAGUCAAGAUGUCAUCGCUGAUCGAGAGCCGACUAUUACUAUUGCCGGAGUUGACUGGUUCAAGACAAGACCCCAGAGUUACCAAGGCCCUACUGCCACUGGUACUUCUGCUUUCCUUGCCCAAACAAACCCUGCUCCAUUCAAGGGACAACACCGGUACAUACCAAAUAAUCCCCUAGAGAUGUCAGAGCCUAUUUUGGGGGCUGAUGGGCGAAGUAUCUUUCAUAAGAUGGGCCCCUGGAGUCCCUACUAUUUAAGCGAGGAUAGCUUUGGGGUUGACGAAUACCCGUGCCCCGUUGGGUCAAAUAUCACCCAGAUGCAUCUUUUGCACCGCCAUGGCUCUCGAUACCCAUCUGGUGAGGGUUUACACCGAUGGGCAAAGAAAAUCUCUGAAGCUGUUGCGAAAGGUGUAGUAUUUGAGGGAGAUCUUGACUUUCUCAAUAAUUGGUCAUCUCCUCUGGGUCAGUCGAUAUUGACUGCUCGAGGCCGUCAGGAGUUGUUCGACAGUGGCGUAGUGAAUUAUUACAACUAUGGAUCUCUGUACAGCAACAAAGAUACAAAGAUUGUAGCCCGCACCACUACGCAAGACCGAAUGCUGAAGAGCGCAGAAAGUUUUCUAUCUGGCUUCUUUGGACCAGAAUGGACCAGCUAUGCAAACGUCUUGGCUAUGAUUGAGAGCCCGGGCUACAACACGUCUUUAGCACCUAGCUACGCGUGUCCCAACUCAAAAAGGUCCAGGGGGUAUGCCCGGAAAGCACUAACCCAUUGGAAAAACAAAUAUCUCUCAGAGAGGACAUCACACCUCCGCCACUUAACAGGAGGGUUUCACUGGACAGUCAAAGAUACUUACAGUGCGCAGACUCUCUGCGCCUUCGAAACUGUUGCGAUCGGGUACAGCUCAUUUUGCAAACUAUUUAACUAUAAAGAGUGGGAAGGCUUCGCUUAUACCCAUGAUAUCAGCUCGAAUGCAUACUCGGGAUUUCAAAGCCCUAUUGGACGUGCAAAAGGUAUUACUUGGGUUGAGGAGUUCCUUGCUCGAGUAGAACAUCGAAAGUGGGAUUAUCCAGCUGGCGCAACGGCUGCUAAUUUUACUCUUAAUGACCAGUCGAUUACUUUCCCCCUCAAUCAGUCUCUCUACCUGGACUUCUCGCAUGACCAUACUAUUGUGUCAGUCCUCACUGCAUUCGGAUUCAAACAGUUCUCUCAGUUCCUCCCUCCCAAUGGGCCUCCAAAGAAUCAGAGGUAUCACACAAGCCAGGUAGUGCCUUUUGCCGGACGGCUCAAUAUUGAGAUUAUCGAGGCACCAUAUAAAAUUAAGACCGAUAGAUGCCAUGAAGAUCCCGAUCCCUAUAUUCGCAGCACGGCAAGAACAGACUAUGUACAUUUUAUACUCAAUCAGCGCACUCUACCAUUACAUCGCAGUUUUCGGAAAUGCGAGGCGCGGAGCGAUGGAUGGUGUGAAUUGGAGACAUUCUUGAAAAUUCAGAAACAUAGUUUUGACCGGGCAGAAUUUGAAUAUGCAUGCAGGGGUCAGUGGGGUACAGGAUCUUUAGAGUAUAGCGAUCAUAUCCAUGAUGGCGUUCCUCCCCAGAGUGGGAAGAGUAGUGGUAUCCACGAAUGCACAAGUUUUGUAUCUUGA